AUGCUCGCGAAGAGCAAGCCAGCCGGCAGCAGCAUUGUCAAGGAGAGGAGCAAGGUGCCCAGGAAGCAUAUUGUCACAAGCAGCCGGAAGAGCAGCGGACACCGACAACGGCAUCAGCAGCAGCGGCAGCAGCAUCGAGACCAUCAACAACAGCAAAAGAGACCAAGUGGUCCUACAUCACCCCUUCUCACGCAGACCGAGCCAAUACCCUCGUACGUCCGUGAAACUACUUUUCACCUACUCCCCGCGCCCCUGAAAAUCAAGAAGAAGACCAAACAAGAGACGUCCGAAGGGCUAACCCGUAGUUCCGCGUGCGCAAGCCGUCCUCUACAAGUGAACGCCACCCAUCAGACAGGAGAACAACGGAGCAGCCGGGAUCAGCAGCAGGAAAUCCACCGCGCAAUAGUCAGCAGCCCGGAGCCACGCAUCGCAGGAGCGGGAUGUACCCCCGAGUUGCCACUGGAGGAGCUGAUGGACGAGGUCGAGAUGCUGUGGCGGAGGAUCCCUAAUUAG